AAUUAGCAGGUCUAGUAGAUAUGAGUCGGUCGGAGAUAAUCGAGUCGAGACCGCUUUUUAGUGCGUCUUUCUCGACUUGUCGUUUAUUGUUAAACUUCGUAUGGAAAUCAGGCCGCACGGUCCCCAACAACAUGCCACACAAUGGGCUCACGGUCCCAUGUGCAUGCAUACGAACGUGUUACAUGCGUGUGACAUCCAUUGUGUGCAUGCUCGGUAGCGCCCAUUCCUGUUUCUCAGGAGAGUGACGGCUAUGGGAGGGAUUGAAUCAAUACCUACUCCGAGGGAAACGAGGGCACUUGAGAAAGUGGACACUUUGGAGGAAAAACAUCCCUCCAGUCAUCGUCCUGGGUUUCUAGACGUCAGCUCACAGCAGCUCGAUGAAUCAAAGGAUCAUGAAACUCGUCCGAUCUUGUCACCAUCGGAUGGCAAUCGACUUCCCUGGAAUUGCGGAUAUGCUGAGACGAUUAAUGCUGGGAAGAGUUUUCAUCGGAAUGAAGAUCAAGCGUCGUAUGCACAUGAGAUUAUUCGUUAUAGAGACGAAGAUCAGUCGAAACAAGAGGUUUCUAUCCCUGUGUGGUUCUUUGGUGUAUUCGAUGGCCAUGCAGGCGGUGGAGCUUCCAUGUACUCCUCACACAUUUGCCACCAGCGCGUCUUAACAAAUCUCUACAGCAUUCGCGAGCUCUUGACUCGUCCUGACCGCGUCAUUCAGCCAGAAGAAGAUUUCAUGAUGGGUUCCACAUCUCCGCCUAUUGACGUAAGGGAUCUCAUCAAGGGGGCACUAGAGCAGGCCUUCUUUGAUGUGGAUGAUCAGAUACGAGAGGAUCGGAUGGUGUGGCGUAUUUCUGGUGGUUGUACGGCAUUGGUGUCACUUUUUAUCGACCAGACGUUGUAUGUUGCCAAUGCAGGAGACUGCAGGGCCAUCAUAAUUCGUGAUGGAGAAAUUGUAGAAAUGUCUAUGGAUUUCACUCCAGAAACUGAUCGACAAAGAAUCCAAGCUAUAGCGUUCAUGCAACCUCAACUAUUGGGCGAUUUCUUCGGUCGCUUGCAGUUCCAGCGACGCAUUCGAAGUAAAGACAUUGGUAACGUUGUCCUGUGCAGAGACAAACAUAUGACCGGAUGGGCGUACAAAGAGGUUGAAGACGAAGAUGUGAAGAGAAUGCCGAUGGUACAAGGGGAAGGAAAAAGAGCACGGCUGUUAGCAACUAUUGCUACAACCCGAGGGUUUGGUGAUAACGACCUUGAAGCUCCUGGUGGUCUCUACAUCAAACCGUUUCUCACUCCCAUGCCGGAGAUCCGAUUGUAUGACUUGACUGAUCAUGAAUCAUUGAGCCAUGAUGACGUCCUCGUUGUUGCUAGUGAUGGUUUGUGGGAGAGACUGACGAAUGAGGAGGCUAGAGAUUUGGUGAUGAAAUCGUUGCAGCAUGAGUCUGCUAAUGACAGGUACACGAAAGCCGCCAGGAAUCUGGUGCAGUCCGCUCGCGGCCAGUUAACAAGCAAAGGCUGGAGAACGGAGCGCGAUGAACUAGCCAGCGGAGACGACAUCACAUGCUUUGUCAUACCACUGAAGAAAGCAGGCCAACACAUGUCUGCAACAACGUAUCGAAGAGACAAGACAUCAUCACCGUCAUCAACAUCAGACGAAGCUACGACCAGUAAAGCCCUGGAUGCUCCACAUGAGAAAAUGGAGACAGAAAUAGUGACAACUAAAGAUGCUGGUGAUGAUGCUGUCAAAGCAGUGGGUGAUGAUAGUGACCGUCUGGAUGCUGCUGCAGACGUUGAGACACCGAAGGCUGAUGUUGCAUUGAAGGUCAUGGAAUCGGAUGAGGUAACUGGGUAUGUUGUAGUUUGAUAUCGCAAUAGUUGCUCUAGUUUUUGGAAGACACUCGUAGUUGUGGUCGUCAUAUGCGUGCGUUUAUUUUUUGAUUGCUAUUCGGCCAUUAAAGAUGAUUGAAAAAUUCGUUGCA